AUGCUUCACCCGGAGCUCACCCUCAUCGUGGCUGCAACCCGUAAUAUGGGCAUCGGUCUUAAUGGCACCCUGCCUUGGACGGGUUUAAAAAAAGAGAUGGCUUAUUUUGCACGUGUAACCAAGCGUGUACCUACGUCGUCAUCUCCUACCAGCACUACAGCCACAAACGCCGUCAUCAUGGGUCGCAAGACAUGGGAUAGCAUACCACCAAAAUUUCGGCCGUUGAAGGGGCGCCUCAACAUCGUCGUUAGUCGCUCGCAUCCCAACGAUUCACCCACACAACAGGGAGAAGGAGAAGUACAGAUUGAAGGGCCAGUAAGAGUAAAGUCUCUAGAGGAUGCUCUCACUUACCUUAAAUCCGCAUCCAACGCGGGAAAAGCCUUCGUCAUUGGUGGGGCACAGAUCUACGAUGCGGCGCUGAAGCUGCCAGCUGCAAAGCGUGUGCUAUUGACGCAGAUCCAAUCGGCAGGAUUUGAGUGCGAUACGUUCUUCCCGCUAGAGCUAGAUGAGCAAAGUACAAAUGGCUGGGUGAAAAAGUCUAAGGACGAACUCGAUGUGUGGACGGGAGAGACGGUACCGGAGGGCGUUCAAGAAGAGAAUGGGACGAGGUAUGAGUUUCAAUUGUGGGAGAGGGCUGGUUGA